ACAUAACAUUUGCCAAAGCGUUACUACUUACAAUAAAUUCGAUUUAAAUUAAGGGUGGUCAUUAAGCAACGAUAUUAAUUACCAAGAGUUCAUUGUCUAUUUGUCUGGUUAAUUGAACUCCCACUAAAAAUUCAAAUCUUAUUCGCUCAACAACAUACCAUGACUUCAAACACAAGCCCAAUUUCCAGUGACCACCGGUGGAUCCUUCAGAUUCGUCAAACCAUCAAUCAAGAUAUUGAAGAAGACAUCGACAUUCCCGUGUGUAUAUUUAGUGUGCCAACAAGCUUAGCGUCAGGAAAACCCGAUUGUUAUAUCCCACAACAAGUCGCAUUAGGCCCCUACCACCAUUGGCAACCCGAGCUAUAUGGGAUGGAAAGAUACAAGCUUUGUGCUGCCAAAAGAUGUCAAAAACAAUUAGAAAAUAAUAGUCUAAAGUUUGAUCAACUCAUAGAUCAAUUACUUGUCUUAGAGCCAAAAAUCCGAGCUUGUUACCAUAAGUAUCUAGAUUGCGACGGGGAAACUCUAGUUUGGAUGAUGGCUCUUGAUGUUUCAUUUUUGCUAGAGUUUCUUGAUGUUUACGCGAUAGAAAAAGAAAGAUCAUUCACUAGAGUACCAUCAAGAAUAUCACAUCUUGUUGAUUAUUCAUGUCAAGCAUUUGCUCAUAAUGCAAUUCUUAGAGAUAUUGUGAUGCUAGAAAAUCAAAUUCCCUUUUUUCUUUUGGAAAAUAUGUUGGAAUUUAAAUCACAACAUGAUUCUUUUGAAUCAUGUAAAAAGUCUUUAACUUCAAUGUUGUUAGGGUUGUAUAAAGCGCUUUCGCCUUUUAGGGUUUCGGACAAUGAGUUCAAUCUUGAUCAAUCCAGCCAGGAUUGCACCCAUGUAUUAGGGUUUCUAUACCACAUGAUGGUGGAUCCUCACAUCAAAAAUCAACAUCAUCAACAUCAUGAUCAAUUGAGUACCUAUCAAGGUGAUCAUGAUCAAGAACAAGAACAAGAACAAGUACAGGUGCAUGAAACUCAACACAAAUUACUAAAACGAAGCGUCGAUGGCAUAAUAAAUUUCUUCAAAAGAUUGUUACUUUGGGAACCCCUCAAACUCAUAGUUUCUAACACACCCAUGGUAAGAUUGUUGGAACAUAUUGUAAGCAAUGAUGAAGUCAAACAAGAGUUGAAUGUGGUUAGUGAUGAUAAACUUCCAUUAAUGGAGGAAAUUUCAAUCCCUUCGGUUAGUGAUCUUGUUAAAGCCGGAUUAGGGUUUUCUCCCUCAUCCGGCGGGAUCUUUACCAUUGAUUUUGAUGAGAAAGCGUCUACAUUCUUUCUACCCGUUGUUAGUGUUGAUGUAAAUACAGAUGUCGUGUUGAGAAACUUGGUGGCAUAUGAAGUAUGCAAAGCGUCAGGACCUUUGAUCCUGACGCGUUACACCGAGUUGAUGAAUGGGAUUAUUGAUACUAAAGAAGAUGCAAAGUUGCUUAGAGAAAGAGGGAUCAUAGUGAACAGAUUGAAGAGUGAUGAAGAGGUUGCUAAUUUGUGGAAUGGGAUGAGCAGGUGUGUAAGAUUGACUAAAGUGCCCUUUUUGGACAAGGUAAUUGAAGAUGUUAACAUGGUUUAUGGAAGAAAAUGGAGGGUUAAAAUAGGUAAAUUCAUCAAGGUUUAUGUGUUUGGUUCAUGGCAGUUUCUUGCAUUUGCUGCUGUUCUUUUGGUUUUGUUUUUGAUGUCUGUAGAGAUGGUUUCUUCUGUCACUAGAUUUAUUUUUAUGUUUUUUAUAAGAAGUUUCUUAUGA